CCGUGUGGGGAGGGCAGUCCGCUCGAAUGGUGCCCUCCACACAUUUAUCGCAUUUCUUACCCAAAGGAGGACGUCUCGCGCCCACACGCCACGUGCAGCGGGUAUCAGAUUCAUAUUCUGUGUGAACGUGAACAUGACUCCCUCAUGCUGUCGGUCCAUUUUCGGCGGGUGGGACGGUGGAGAUGCUGACGGGGUGGGAGACUCAACCGGGAGGGGGGGUGUAGUGAGGGGGGGACGCGCCUCCGAAGCUCAGUGUCGCGCGGACGCCCGACGCGCUCAGACGCGCUCGAGACGAGCGGGACCAUCACGGCGAAGCGGUUCCGUGGGAUGAGAGCAGAACACGAUGGCCGAGUCGAGGUCCGACUGGGUGGAGAUCCUGGAGCCGCGCUCUCGCCGCCGCAUGUACGUCAACCUGUCAACGGGGGAAUGCGGUUGGGAACCCCCCCGGGGAAUUGCACCCCGCCCCGCUGACGGCCGCCAGUGGUGGGAGCUGUUUGACGUCGCCAGUGGCCGAUUCUACUACUACGACCCGGUCGGCCGGCGCACUGUCUGGCACCGACCGAGGGGCUGCGACAUCGUCCCCCUGGCGCGGCUGCAGGCCGCGAAGCUCGGCUCCGAGGCAGAGCAUAGUGGGCGUGGCACCGGUGGGGCCGUGGGCGGGGCAGAACGGGGAGCGGCCACUGAGGGACGCUGCGCAGCCUUGGCUGAAAAUGGACCUUUCGCCCCGCCCCCCCUGCAAGAGCUCGACAGCAACCGGAGAGAGACCCCCCCUGGGUAUCCAGCAUAUGGGAGUGUCGGCAAGAAAGACACGCUGAGAGACGUCUCCCAAAGGUGGCAACCAGUUCCAGGUUCGAAGGCGAACACGUUGAUGAAGGUGCACAGCAUGGGGCGGAGCCGGACUGCCGGUGCCCCUGGUGCCCCUAGCGCCCUCAUGCUUCACCAGCGCAGAAGCAGCAGCAGCAAUAUAGCGGUGGCCACACCCUGUGGACCCCCAGCAGGGGUCCGGGACACGGGUCGGGCCCUCCGGCCCCCGACCCCCAGCGUUAGGAGCUACGCGCCCUGCUGCCCCACGGGCUCCAGCCUGCGCAUGCCCCGGGUCCUGACCUCACGGGCGGAGUCUCCCCGGCCUGGCACCGAAGCUCCACCUACCUACGACGAGCCCCCAGUGGAGUCCCCCGUUUACGACGAGCCCCCGGCAGACAUGGAGGUGGAAGGGGCCACGUCCAAGGGCCUCGACAGGCAUGCGGAGAGGAGCCCCUCGGACUACAGCCCCGCUGGACGGGCGUGCAUUCGACACAUGGUCAACGUGGAGCUGCCUCCUCCCCGGCCGGGCUCUCCUCCCCCUGCCACACCCUUGGCCACGCCCACACAGUGCCAGGCCCAGCAGAGGGAAACGGCCAGAACGGGAAGGCCUUCCUGGAGGGGCCUGGAAGACGUUUUGCUCAGGGGUCCCGAGGGUCGACACAGCCGGCAGGGCAGCUUGGCCUCCCAGGAACUCCCCUACCGCGACUCUGACUACUCGACGAGGCCCUCCCCUGGUCUGCGGAGGAAGAGCCGGCGGCGACCCACGGUAGCACACGGCCGCGCCGCCUCAGCGGGGGCCCGAGAGCUCGGCGUCCUCAAUGAAAGGCUCGUGGCCGAGAUGCGGGCGAGGGCGAGCCGCUCCAGCUUGGGGGCGGAGCCGUCAGAAGGCCCCGCCCCUCGGGCUCGCUCCCCGCCCCGCUCCUUGCACGUCCUUGCCGUGACCCCUUCCUCAAAGGAUGGCGUCGCGACUGGCCGAGCCUCGCAGUCCCGUCGCCAUGGCGAUGUGUCUCCGGCGCCCACACCUGCCGUGGAUGCCGCCGGGGGCCAUAAGCGCACCUAUGAGAAGGUGGACACGUUGGAGAAGAGUGCCACCAGUCAGAUCAGCCUGUCCUCACCGGAAAGUCCAAGCUCCCCUUCUCAGGGGGGGACGCUAGAUUCUCGGGACCUGGCGGAAGCCCGAACGCAGGGAGGUGCCACAGCAGGGGUCGCAACCUUGGACUCCCGCAGAGCAGGAGGAGGAGUGACGGUCGGAGGGGGGCCGGGCCCCUCCCCGGGUGGCGCUGCGCCCCCCGAUUCCGGCAUGGCGGACUGGGCCACCAAGCACCUGAACCUGCAGAAGAGGGGGAUUUUCCGCCGGCGCGUCUCCCUGGGCAGCCUGCUGUCGUGGAGCAGCGGCUCUCUGCGGGGGCCCAUGCUCAUCACGAGCGACCGCGCGGUCAAACGCGAGGCCUGCCAAGUCUUCCGCCUCGUGCAGGCAUAUAUGGGCGACCGGGCGGGCCGGCUGGACCGGCGCCACACCGCACUGCUGCUCGUCACCAAGUGCUGGGCGCUGCCGGGCCUGCGGGACGAGCUCUACGUGCAGCUGGUGCGCCAGACCACCCACAACCUGCGGCCCCCCAGCCUAGCAGCUGGAUGGGAACUCAUGGCCAUCUGCCUGGGCUUCUUCGCACCCUCGCCCAAGUUCCGUCGCUACCUGGAGGGCUACAUCCAGCGACACCUGGAGCCGGAUCCUGAGGCCACAGAUUAUGGGGCAGAGCAGCAGGAUGUGAAGAACAAAAAGAAUUCCAAGUCCAGGAAAAAGAGGAAGCAGAACACGGAAGAGGAGGACGAGGGACUGCCUAUCAGCAUGUAUGCAAAGUACUGCUACCGGAGGCUGCAGAAGGUCGCGCUCACGGGGGGCAAGAAGGGUCUCCGCAAGCCCACGCUGGAGGAGGUCGACCACUUCCGCAGCGCCAUCGAGACGCCUUCGCUCUUCGGCAGCUCCCUGCAGGAGGUCAUGGAGCGCCAGCGCGACCUCUUCCCCGACCGCCGCCUGCCCUGGGUGCAGGUGCAGCUGUCCCAGUACGUGCUGGCGCUGGGCGGGACUCGCACCGAGGGCAUCUUCAGGGUGCCCGGAGACAUCGAUGAGGUGAACGCGCUGAAGCUUCAGGUGGAGCAGUGGAGGACGCCGGAGAACCUGUCGGACCCCAAUGUCCCCGCCUCUCUGCUGAAGCUGUGGUACCGUGAGCUGGAGGAGCCCCUCAUUCCACCCGCUUUCUAUAGCCAGUGCAUCGGUAACUGCGAGGACCCAACAGUGGCCAUCGCUGUGGUUCAGUCCUUGCCGGAGCUCAGCCGCCUCGUACUCUGCUACUUCAUCCAUUUCCUGCAGAUAUUUGCCCAGCCGGCAAAUGUGAGCAAAACCAAGAUGGACGUGAACAACCUGGCCAUGGUAAUGGCGCCCAACUGCCUGCGCUGCCAGUCGGAGGACCCGCGGGUCAUCUUCGAGAACACCCGCAAGGAGAUGGCCUUCCUGCGGCUGCUCAUCGUCCACCUGGACACCAGCUUCAUGAAGGGUGUCGUCUAGAGCGUACGGGGGGGGGCGGUCAGCAACUCCUCCUCAGCAUCCGCUGCCCAUGUGUGUCCUGCUCAGAAGUGACGAGGCAAAACCCCCAAACGAAAGGAGUGUAUCGCACGUGUAUGACACGUAUGUCAAAUACAUCUACAGUAAAAGGACCGCAGUGCCACGGCCCUUUGUCCACUCACACUCCCCGUAUGAUGUAGUGUCUGUAGUUCUACACGGGGGACGUUUACACUUAAAUUUUCAUAUUUAAAAAAAUUUCAAGUCAAAAUGUAGCCCCCCGCGUGUCCCGCAGGUCCCGUCCUCCCUGCCAUCGGCCCCCUUCGUCUCAUUUCCGACAUGCUGGAAUCAGUUCUUGUUCCUCUCCGUUAUUCUCUGCUUUGACAUGAAUGAACGGAGCUCGGAAACGUACCGUCCCACUGAUAAGCGCUGAUAGGCAAAGAGCCUAAAUUGGCACAGUGAAAUGAAACUGUCCCGACCCAUAAUGCAUCAGCAGCAUGACCCCGCGUCUCCUGCCCCCCCCCCGAUCCAGGUACACGUGGGGCUCACGAUACACACCUGUGUUACGCCGAUGACGUUGGUGGACAGCAGUGUAGCGUUGGGAUAACUGACACUGUGCUCACUUUAUGGUGUUAAUUUUUUAGAUGUUUGAUGCUUUGUCAUACUUCCGCUCAAGAGGAAAACUUGUUUCAGCCAUGGGACAGAGGACUCUAGUGGGGGAGACAAGGAAGGAUCCUCACCCUGUCCCUCCAGACCCACGCAAAUAACCAGCAACCUCCUCCCCGUAAAUCCUUACAAGUCUUCUAACGUGUUCGGAUAACUACAAAUGUCCCAGUUCCUUCCAGGCAGUACAUGAACGUGUGUCUUUAUGUUCUGAGUAAAGAGUCCUCCUUGUCAAGUGUUUCAGUUGCAAGUCUUAUUUCCUUAAUGCAGAAUUCCUGCUCUUUAACUCUGGUUUUAUGUAGCGGUUUUUUUUUUCCUGUUUAUGUGUAUGUAUAUAUAUUAUAUAUAAUAUUUAUAUUUAUCUGUCACCUGGUGCUCCCAAUGGCUCUUACACUGAAUAGCCGAACUACAGCUA